AUGCCUAUCCAAAUGGUUUGCGAUUCAACAUCAUCUCUGGUGAGUGCAGCAUUACGGAAUGCACUGCACCCAGGAACGGCGAUGAAUGGGCGGUCAUCGGCGACAUCGGGACUGAACUACAGCGCUGCGUCUUCUGGAAACUGUGUCACGACAAACGGUACCACCGCCGGCAGUAGUAGCGCUUUCAACAAAACAGAUUCCAGCUCGCCGACCAGCAAACAGGCAUUUCGGCGGACCCCGGUCGACAUCGACUGUGACAUUGACUUCGAUAGCUUUGACGAUGGGGAUGACGAUCAGAAUGAUCUGGUAAAAUCCAUCAGCCUUUCGUUGCGUCAGGGACAACAAAUUAAGCCUAUUAAGUACGAGGAAGUUGAGAGCUUUAGUGCCAGCUCGGACCAGCGAAAAUUUAAACACAUCGUCCUGAAUACGACUACCGAAGUGCUGGAUAACGGCAUGCAGCAUAGCGCUGGCUCAUCAUUAUCUUACGGUGCAAGCUCCGGGUUCUUGAUGCAUGCAUCUAAAACCUCAACUACGCCAAUUACUUCGACAAUGAACGGUGGAAGUGCUUUGAAGUUUUCCUCAACCACACAAUCUUCCAACCUUAACAAGGUGUCUGUCAAUGUGCUUCAGCAAAAUGGCGUCCCAGCCACCACCAGCAGUGCUGCCGCUGGAAAGAUGGAUACCUCGACACUGCCAACACCGAAGCGAAUACUCUUCCCGAGGGAGAAUGUGCAAAUCGGCUGGAAGACGACCGGCCGCAAGUGGCUGGUGGGCGCGGGUAUGAUGAACAUGGGCAACACCUGCUAUCUAAACUCGACCCUGCAAGCCUUGUUCCACGUGCCGGCCAUUGUCAACUGGUUGCUCUCCGACGAGCAGCAUCGAGCAAAAUGCGACGAUGGUGGUUCCGGUGGUAGCUGCAUUAUUUGCGCGAUGGCGAAAACACUGCUCGAAUCGCAGACCAACCAGAAUGCCUUCAGGCCGUACCUAGUUUACUCAAAGUUGCGCCUCGUAUGCAAGCACCUGGUGCCCGGGCGGCAGGAGGAUGCUCACGAGUUUCUACGCUACCUCGUUGAAGCGAUGGAGAAAUCCUACCUCGGUCGCAGCAAGAACAGCAAAGAGCUCGACCAAUACAGCAAGGAGACGACACCGCUGAACCAGAUCCUGGGCGGCUAUCUGCGCUCUGAGGUGAAGUGUUUGUCCUGCCAGCACGUGUCGACAACGUUUCAGCAUUUUGAGGAUUUGCUGCUCGAUAUCCGGAAAGCGGACUCUAUCGACGAGGCGCUUGAGCUGUAUUUUGCCAGGGAACGGCUUGAGGAGAUGGGCUACAAGUGCGAGGCGUGUAAGCGCCGAGUGGCCGCUACCAAGCAAUUUUCGCUCGAACGUGCCCCGUUCGUGUUGUGCGUGCAGCUGAAACGAUUCUCCAUGCUGGGCAGCAAGAUUAACAAGCACAUUGAGCAACGCUCCAAGCUUGACCUGAGCUCAUAUUCGUCUCCUGCCUUACGCUCGACUGGCGCGAAACUAGCCUACCGACUAACCUCCAUGGUGACGCACUUGGGAAGCACACAGCACUGCGGUCACUAUACUGCCAUCGGUCACACGGAUGCUGGUGGUUAUUAUGUGUUCGACGACAGCUCAGUACGUCCGAUCGGCAUCCAGAACGUUAUGAGCACGAACGCGUAUAUUCUGUUCUACGAACUAGAGAGCGCAGCGGCCGGGACGGUUGGGCUGCCGAAUGGUGCGUGUCGUGCGAAAGCCACUGUGUCGGUUGGACAACCGAGCAGCACAGCCACAUUGGCAUCGAUGGGUUUAAGCAACGGCGGAUCGCCAGUCGGAUUCGGUGGCGGAAUGAGCAGUGGCACUGGAAAUGGUGGAAGCACGGGGGGAGGGAGUGGUGGCGGCACCCCCGGAAAAGCCAUCAACUCAUCACCCCUGCGGGUUGUGGCCAAUGGCGUUGGUCAUGGAAAUGCUGGUGGACCUUUUCCGAGCAAGUUGGAACAGAAGCCUAGCUUUAUUGGGCCAGUGCUGCCAAAUUCAACGGCCGCCUCAGCGACAACUUCUUUGCCGGUCACGGGCACGAUCGGCGGUAAGCCACACAACAAUGGCGGCCACAACACGUUGCCGUCUGCCAAUGUCACCUCAUCGAGCGCCUGCAGAGAGUUGAACUUCUUUUCAUCCCCAUCGUCGACAACGUCCUCGCUCUCGAACAGCUCCUCGCUGUGUUCACCCGUGAAGCUGCCAGCGAUCCAUCCUACCAAGAAUCAUAAACUGCAAGAAGUUAACUCGCGGAGUACUACCGCUGUGAAUGGAGUGCAUAGCGAAAAAUUGAAAUCACUGUCGUCGUCUUUACCCAUGUCGAUGCCCAAACUGCAGCGCGGGUCUCCAAAUAAGCCCGUGGAGAACACCAAUGGCUUCAACGCGUCCGUUAUCAGCCUGGUUCCGUAUGAUAGCGAUGAUACCAGCAGCACCAGUGAGGAUGAGAGCAAUCGGACCCCAUCGACCAGCAAGAUGCUCCCUCGCAAGUUCGCCAAGGAUGACAAACAUGUUAACGGGAAUAAAGAAGCCGAUGAUGACGAAGAAGUCGAAGACGGACGAACCCAUACGAUCGCCUCCCGGUCGCCGAAAAUGAUUAAAACCAAGAUAGGUCUGUGGAAAGUUUCCAAAAGCAGUUCGGCCGAUCAACUUAGCUAUCCUGAAAGUGGUUCCGGCUCGUCUUCCAAGUCGACAUCGCCAGCUACCUCGGGGGGAUCUUCUCCGACAAGUUCACCAGGACAACAGCAAACGAAACCGCAAGCUCAGCAUAAUGGAGUGAGCGCGUCACCUGCUACACCACUUAUUAACGGUUAUCGACAUGCUCAAAACGGUAACGGUGGUGGUACGGGCGUAGGCACUACCAAACAAAGAUCCUUUACGAACAGUUAUCAUCCGGUAAACGGAGGAAGCAACUUGUCAUCGUCCUUCCUUGGCGAAGCAGCGAGUAAUGGAGGAGCAUCAACAACAGUACAAAUAUUGCAAAAAUAUUCGCAACGUGGUUACGGCGCUCCUGUGAAAACCUGGAACGGGCAGACCACAGCAAUGGAUCGCGAACUGGCGAUAGAUCGGCGCGAGGAACGAAAGCGACAAAUCGAGGACGAUCGCGAGACUGAGAUGGAUCGAGGAAGAACGAAGAAAACAAAAGCAGGUGGUGGCGGUGGGGCUGCGAAUGGCACCAACCUAUUCCAACAGUACCAGAACCAUCCAAUAGUCGGCGGAAAAUGGAUGGCCAAUGGCGGUGGUGGCAAUCGUAAUGGUAACUACUUCCAUAAUCACCACCAAAACAAUUACCGAGGAGGAGGAGGUGGUGGCAGUUAUUACCAAGGAGGCAACGGACACAGAUACCAUGGUGGCGGAAGUGCUGGCAACGGUGGGUUUCGCAACGGUGCUAGACGGUUCGGAGGUCGAAACGGAGGCGGAUACCACACCAAGGCGCAUCACCAUCAUCAACGUAAUGAAUCAGGUAGUGGUAUGGCUGGUAGUGGUGGCGGCAAUGGCUUUUGCCAUCGAUAAAGGCAGUAAUAAAGGCAAACAGGGCUGAUUGACUAGGAAAAAGUAAAACAAAACAGUGUGAAGAAGAGAAUAUAUUGCAAACACUCAGGAUGGUUCUGGAUGCCACCUAGUUGAGUGGAACGAGGAAGACGCGUGUCCUUGUUCUAUAUACUGUACGUGGUGUAAAAAAAUGCAACUCAGUGAAGCGUUCCUCAUUCUGGAAUUUUUCAUUGCAAAGGAAAAAUGGCAUUGGUUUUCUUUGUCAGAAAAUAACAAACGAGAGAGGAAUAUGGGUGGUAUUUUUGCCGAUUAUUUUUACCGCAGAUUCUCGUUUCGAUUAUUGAGCCAUGAAGCUUUUACUUUAUGUAGAUAGAAGCCAAGCAAAUUGCAGCAGAAGUACUGAUAGCGAAAUGCUUCGGUAUUUAAAAUAAACGGUAGGAGGCUUAGGAUAUACUGUUUUGUUGCAUUUUUGCUCUAGGGUUGCCUUGAGCUUGGCUAACAUUAUUUACUAUUUGUUUUCCUCUUCCUAUAUCCCUUAAUGAGAAUAAUAUUUUUACUGAAUAUAUUGUACAUUAAAUUGUCAAUAGCUGUUCAUUGGA